UCCUUUGACAUGACAAAGGGAUCAUGGCAGAGAGGCAACACACACAGCAGAUAUGCUGCAGAAGCAAAGAUUAACUUAGCAAUUGGGGCAAAAUGUGGACUUGGAAAUACUAAAAAUGUAGGUCUCUCAUAAUUAACACAGUUUGAGUGAUUCCUUUAUGUCCCAAUAAUCCAUGUCCGUACAUUUCUUUAAAGAACGGUGUCAGAUCUGGCGCAUACAAAGAGGAUCCUUCGCUGACCUUCACAUCCCUCUUUCUCAAGCAAGAAAGUGACAGCUGGGAUCCCAAGGACAACAGAAUUGUCCAGAUAACCAAAAAGAUGGCUGACACACUAUGUUACAUGAGUCAGUACCUGAAGAAGAAAGGCCCGAUACUGAAUAAAGAGGCAUUCGUCACUGCAGCCAAAGAUGUGAUCUCAAACUGCCAGUCAGUUACUCAGUUCAUCAGAGUUAUCGCCGACCACUGCCUGGACAAACACUGUGCAGGUGAACUCUCCCUCAUCGUUGAGCAGAUUCUCACCAUCACGAACCAGCUCAGCAUCAUCUCCAGUGUCAAUGCUGUAACACCUGGGUGCAAAUCCUCUGAUGAGAUCCUGGUGAAGAACGCUCAAAACCUACUGCAGACGGUGCUGCGUGGGGUCCACGCUGCAGAGACAGCCUGCAUCACAGGUUUGAAGCAGCCUGAGCCAAACUCAGAUGGUGCAGAAGCUACAGCCGUGUGCUUCCAGUGGAGGAGGAAACUGGAGAUCCAUCGAGCCCAGCACACCUCCAACCCCGAGACGGAUGAGCUGGGUUUGAGGAAGACCUCAACCCACCCAGUAGCCCCCAGUCUUGCCCCUCCAGUUGGUUUCAAGUGACCACCUCCAAAGCACAAGUAGUAUUUGUAUCUCAAGGAAUAAGAAGAAUAACAAAGAGAUGUUGUUUUCUAUUUGAAAUAAUAAUGUGAAACCCACUUAAUCCUCAAGGACACUUCAGCAAUGAAGUAUCAAAUAUGUUAUUGAUCUUCAUAUUUCAUAUGCUAGACGUGUUACGGAUUGUCUCAUGUUCACUAAAAUGACACAGUGCAACUUGAUGUGUGAUUCUGAAAUAAAAUGUAAGUUUGA